GUCCUGCUGGCCGCUGCAUUCCCGCCUCCCGCCUGCACCUGCGCACCCAGGGGACGCAGCGCUGUCGAGAGUCCCGGAGCGGAGGGCGGGAAGGUCGUCUCGCUGGAAGUGGAGUCCACACUCUGCAGCGACUCCUCAGCUCUGAGACGGUUGCUCCUGCGUGACCGUGGCGCAGGCAGUGGGCAGUGUCACCUUUUACUGAGUUGUGGUGAACCGUCCGCCCAGGCUCUGCCGCGCGUGGACUCGGGGCCCUUCCUGCCCUGCUAGAAGUGCCACCCGCUGCCACACGCGGUGACUCUCUGGUGUCUCCAGGCAGCGUGUGGCGGGCUCUGGCCAGGAGACUCCGGACCCCGGCAGCCGCCUCUGUCCUCUGUGCUGGACCCCAGCGCCCCCCAGCGCCGCUCCCGAGCCCUCGCGUGUCUGAGAGCAGCGACCAUGGACGAAUCUCUGGCUGCCGGCCCUGAGAUGAGAAAUGUUCCCUCAGAAGGGACGGUGUCAUUUGAAGAUGUGGCUGUGAACUUCACGUGGGAGGAGUGGCAGUGCCUGAGUGAAGCUCAGAGGACCCUGUACUAGGAUGUGAUGCUGGAGACCUGCAGUCACCUGGUGUCCCUAGGGCAUUGUGUUAACGAUCCUGAGAAGAGCAUCAGGUCGGAGCAGGGAGUACAGCCGUGGUCUGUGGACAAUCCCCCAAACCAGGACCUCUCAGAUGUCCAUACCGUGGAUCACCUGACUCCCGACAGCCCUGCAAAUCGGGGCCGACAUCUGUGGCAAGUUCUUACCGCCAGCAGCAAAAUACCAUCCAACGAGAGAACUGACUUAAUGGAAAAAAGCAUUUUGGACUCAAUUCAUUGUUUGAACCAUAGUAUCAAAAAUGGAAACUAUUCAGCAAUGAUGCCUGAGAACUUUACUAUACAUAGGACCAUGAUGAUCCCUGGUGAGCCUCAUGAAGAGCAUGCUGGAGAGAACGAGGAGGUCUUUAGUAGAAUGAGGGAACCCAUUAAGUAUCCUGAGCACCUUAGUCACCAGGUGAUUCAGAACUUUGAACAGCCUUUUGAAUUUCGUGAACAAGGAAAAGUCUCGAGUGAAGAAACAGUACUUACACCUAGAGGAGCCCUUCCGGAAGGGGCUGCCCGUAAAUGCAUUGAGUGCAGGGACACCCGUGAUGAGGCACCUUUCGAUGUCCGAGACAGAACCCAAGGAGGACAGACUCCCUGCAGUUGUAAUGAAAAGGGGAGAGCUGCGGAGAUGAUUCCAGUGCAUUUGCAUCCUCCUAGGUAUGUUGAACAUGAGCAGCAGGAAUGUUAUGAAAGUGGGGCCAGUCUCAGCAACACGUUUCACACCUAUCCACAUGAGACUACCCAGUUAGGACAGAAUAAUUUUGGAUAUAAGAGAUAUGGUGAAGCGGCCUCUAAAGCCUCUUUUCUGACUGAACAUCAGAAAUCACAAGCGGAUGAUAAACCUGAUGAGUGUGGGGGCACCUCUGAGAUUUCCUUACAGAGGAGACACCAGAGAAAUCUCACUGCAAUGAAGUUGUUUGGCUCUAACUAUUAUGUGAAAACUUUCUCAUGGAAGACUGCCCUCACUGUACAUCCACAAUCUCAAACGGGAGUGAAGUGCUACCCGUGUCUAGUAUGUAAGAAAACUUUCAGGCACAAAUCGGCUUUUAGUGUCCAUCAGAGAACUCACACAAGGGAGAAACCCUAUGAAUGUCAGGCGUGCAGGAAAGUGUUCUCCUGUAAGUCAGUUCUUGUUCUACAUGAGAGGACUCACACUGGAGAGAAACCCUAUGAAUGUGAAGGGUGUGGGAAAGCUUUUUCCAGUAAGUAUUACCUCAGUGAGCAUCAGAGAAUUCACAGUGGAAAGAAGCGUUUUGAAUGUCAAGAGUGUAGGAAGACUUUCUCCUGGAGAUCAUCCCUCAGUCGCCACCAGAGAAGUCACAAUGGAGAGAAACCCUAUGAAUGUGAAGGGUGUGGGAAAGCUUUUUCCAGUAAGUCUUACCUCAGUGACCAUCAGAGAAUUCACAGUGGAGAGAAGCCUUAUGAAUGUCAAGAGUGUAGGAAGACUUUCCACUGGAAAUCAUCUUUCAGGAAACAUAAGAGAAGUCACACUGGAGAAAAGCCUUAUGAAUGUCAAGAGUGCAGGAAGACUUUCCAUCGGAAAUCAUCCCUCACUGUACAUCAUAGACUUCACACUGGUGAGAAACGCUAUCAUUGCGAAGGGUGUGGGAAAGCUUUUUCUACUAAGGCACACCUCAUUACACAUAAGAGAAGUCACACUGGAGAGAAACCCUAUGAUUGUGUAGAGUGUGGGAAAGCUUUUCCCAGUAAGUAUUACCUCAGUGAGCAUCAGAGAAUUCACAGUGGAGAGAAGCCUUACGAAUGUCAAGAGUGUAGGAAGACUUUCUCCCGGAAAUCAUCCCUCAUUCACCAUCAGAGAAUUCACACUGGAGAGAAACCCUAUUAUUGUGAAGAGUGUGGUAAAGCUUUUUCUAGUAAGUCAUCCCUCAAUCUCCAUCACAGAAGUCACACUGGAGAGAAAUCCUAUUAUUGUGAAAAGUGUGGGAAAACUUUUUCUAGUAAGUCACACCUCAUUACACAUCAGAGAAGUCACACUGGAGAGAAACCCUAUAAAUGUGAAGGGUGUGGGAAAGCUUUUUCCAGUAAGUCAUCCCUCUGUCACCAUCAGAGGACUCACACUAGAGAGAAACCCUAUGAAUGUGUACAGUGUGGGAAAGCUUUUUCCAGUAAGUCAUACCUCAGUGAGCAUCAGAGAAUUCACACUGGAGAGAAGAAGCCUUAUGAAUGUCAAGAGUGUAGGAAGACUUUCCAGUGGAAGUCAUCUCUCAGGAGACAUAAGAGAAGUCACACUGGACAGAAGCCUUAUGAAUCUCAAGAGUGCAGGAAGACUUUCCACCGGAAAUCAUCCCUCACUGAACAUCAAAGACCUCACACUAGUGAGAAACGCUAUGAUUGUGAAGGGUGUGGGAAAGCUUUUUCCCGUAAGUCAAACCUCAUUAGACAUCAGAGAAGUCACUCUGGAGAGAAACCCUAUGAUUGUGAAGAGUGUGGGAAAGCUUUUUCUAGUAAACCACACCUCAUUACACAUCAGAGAAUUCAUACUGGAGAGAAAUCCUGAGUGUCAAGAGUGUGGGAAAACUUUCUGCCAGAAAUCAUCCCUCAGUCAACAUCAGAGACGUCACACUGGAGAGAAGCCUUAGGAGUGUCAAGAGUGUGGGAAAACUUUUUCCAGUAAGCACGCUCUCACUAGACAUCAGAGGUGUCACUGGACAAAAUCCCUAUGAUUGUGAAGAAUGUGGGAAAACUUUUUAGGAAGUCAGCCCUCACUAGGCAUGACAGAAUCCACACUGGAUGGAAAUGCUAUGCAUGUCAAGAGUGGACAGGCAGGCCUCCCCUGGUUGCGCAGGUGGUUGAGCGCAGCGCUGUGAAGCUGUCCUUGGCCUUUGCGGUUGGAGUUUGAGUCCCUGGCCGGCCAGGAGCAGCCCCGUGGUGCGGCAGACCUCUCCUGUCUUGCCCGUUGCAUGUAUUUCAGUAGAGUAUUUCGAUCAGUCUGCCUGUUCUGUUCCCCGUCUGUCUCUGGUGCAUCCUCUCACCCUCCCACACAUCUGGCCUGUACCCUGGUUCUGGUAUGCUUGAAUAAAUAAAAAUCUUUUUAAAAAAUAUUCAAACUUGGGAGCACAAACCACAUCAUUCAGCUGAGAGCAAUGGGAACUGACAUACAGUUUCACUCCUAAUGGCGUGGAGUUACCUGGUACACUCUGUGAAGCUUUGAUACAACCUGGGAUAUCCCAUGGCUAAAUCACUUACAUUUUGGUGUCUCAGUUUCCACAUUUUAAGAAAAUUUGGAUUAGACUAGCACUACUAAUGGGUGAAUGAGGCUUACUGCAAUCACAACAUCAAAAAUCUGUGCAGAAACAUAGACUGUGCAAGCUUGAAUAGACCUCUCUGUCACAGAAUUUCUUGGAGCAUUUUAAAGUCAAUGUGCUCUACAAAGCCGCAAGGAAAGGAUACCACACACAAUAUCCCUCACGUGUUGUUUUGACACACAGCACCAGAGACAGGUUACAUUAGGAAGAGGCUACUAUUCGCUAUAAUUCCCCCUGGAUCCCAAAUGGUCAGAUCCCUUUGAUCCUAAUGUCUUAUGGUCACAUCCAGAGCCUCCUAGUUCUUUGACUGUUUAUUCACUAAGAAAGAGUAAUAAUGAAGUGAAGGGUGUUUCACUUCAUACUGUACACAUCCCACACUGUACACAUCCCAGAAAAAAAUCCUUAAGAAACCACAACUAUGCUCUAUACUCCAGGAAACAAGAAUCUUUAAAGGGAUAAUUAGUGGAGGAUUUGAAACUCCACACACUCACUGCACUUUCCAUUUUUAAGGAAGUUUCCUUAAAAUGUACCUGUUUUCCUAUUUCAAUCUGUUUCAGCAUUUUUUUUAAAGAUUUAUUUAUUUAUGAAUACAAGAGCUGGGGUGCAGGCCAGAGAUGGGGGUGGUGGUGGUAGUGGUGAAAGGAUUCACCAGAGACAGAGUGGGGAGCAGAACAGGCAGACUGACUGAAAUACACUGCUGAGGGUAGCAGCGGGCUGGACAGGAGAGGUCUGCUGCACCAUGUGGGUAGCCCCCUGGCUGGCCAGGGGAUCGAACUCAUGCUGCAGAGGCUGCCGAUUGCUUCAUAGUGUGGCACUUAACCCCAUGUGCCACCAGGGAGGCCCUGUUUUAACAUUCUUUUGUUAUAAAGACAUAUGUGAUAUUUGGGUUUUGCUGUUUGUGUCCCAUAGCAUAGAAUAAUAUAUUCAUGCAAACAAAGAAAUGGACUUGAAAAUUAACUGGAGGAAAAUGCAGGAGAUAAAUGGAUGAGUAGUUAUUUAUAAAUGGGAAUUCAGCAAAAUUAUUAGAAGACAAGUGUGCCAUGCUGACCUUUGCCAAUCCUCUUGACCAAGGUUCUUUUGGAGGAAUAAGUAAUUGCUUGCUUUUGGCAUCAUUCUCACCAUAGACAUAUGUUUCGCAUUGUCAGAUGGUUCCGUAGGAUUGAUGUGAUGUAGUAUAAUGCAGCUCAGUUCAUUUAAUUUGCAUUAAACAAUGCACAAUGUACUAGUUUUUUUUUUUUAAUAGAGGCAUGUUAUUUAUUUAUUUGUUUGUUUGUUUUGUUUAUACAUGCACUGGGUACAGUCAGAAGCAUGGGAGGGUGAGAGAAUUCACCAGAGCCAGAGCGGGGAGCAGAGCAUUCAGAGGGACCGAAGUACACUGCUUGAGGGGAGCAGCGGGCGGCAGGAGAGGUCUGCGCGCCAUGUGGGACCCUCCUCCGGUGGCUGGGGAGCAGCCAGGGGACGAACCGGCACUGUAGAACCUGCGGGCAGCUUCGCAACCCAGCGCUCAACCGCUGCGCCACCGGGGAGGCCCCGCAAUGUACUAGUUUUUCUGUACUUUUUUUCUUGACCUUAUAGAAAUGGCCUCAGAUAGACUCAUUGACCUUCAAUCAUAAAUCAGCCCUUUACUGGUCAAGAGGUGAAGUGGGUUAACAGUGGAUUUACUUGUAAAUUGAGAAGAGAUAAAUCGUUGUUCCCUCCAGGGUAGUGCUGUAUUUAUAGAUUGGAAGGCAGAACCAGGUUUCAAAAAGCAUUUUACAGGAAGGUAAAGUCUUAAAGACCUUGGGUGUUUUUGAUCUCUGAAACUUGUAUAUCUGCACAAUGCCGCGGACCAGCACAGCAGUGAACGAGGAGGCCCUCUCAGGGUUGAGAGACUGCGCAGGGUGGUCAGGGAUUCGGUGAAUAAAUGACACACAGACACACCUCAAGAAAGUGGAAAUCUGAGUGUAAUUUUAUUUAAGUUAGUGGCCAGUAUCUAUGUUUUUCUAAAGGCAUAGGAUCGGUUAUCAGUGAACUAAAGCAGUUGGCUCAUAGGUUUAACUUAUCAUUGACAAGGCAGUGAUUUAUGUCCAGAGUUACAUUUGGAUCUAGGCACAUUCCUAAGCAGUCAGACCAUUAGUUUUGUCUUUUGUUUUAUAUAAUUACAUUUUUUUCUAGCUAACCACCAAAUUCCUUAAUCAUUAUUAAUUAUAACAGGUGCACUUAUUAUUAUUUUUAUGUAAUAACAUUUUUUCAUUAGGGAUCAAAGCUAAGGAAUUUUAACAUGUAACAGAGCAAUUAUUGAACUAACAAUUUUGUUGUUACACAAGGUUUAGUGGUGUUUCAUUUGAGUCAUCCUUGUUACUAGAUUUCAUGUUUCUUUAAUUUAGCAAUCAAUGACCUUUACAGAGGAGAAGGAAGAAGUUUUAGAAAGAGAGUGAAGGGAUAAAGUUUGUAGGUCUGAGGAGACGAGAUAAGGCUCCUUUUGGUCAGCAUUUUUUUGGUGGCUCCUGGUGGUCGUUAUCUUUUGAUAGGUCUGUCUCAUCUAUGUCUUCAGGGAACUUUGCUGUACUCCCCUGCGCGCUGGUUCCUUGCCCAGCCGGACCUAGGGACCCUGGUGAAAGCCAUUGGCCCUAAAGGUCACUGCAGGGGGAGGUGCAGCAGCACAAUUGUUGUAAAAUACACUAAUAAAAUAAGAUAGGAUGUUGCUUUAUAUUUGCCUGUGUUAGGACUUGAGGUGUUGUACAGGUAGAAUGAAGGCUACAUAAAAUAAACUCAUAAGCUGAAUCUUAAUUCCUUUGGGAAACCCACCACUUUUAUUUAUAGGUCUAUAAGCCUAACAGAUAAAAAUAACUAAGAAAAUAUAUUACAAGUGUAUUUCAUACCACUCUCCAAUCUGUAAGCAUUGGAUGAUCUGUAAGCAUUUCCAUCCCAUAAACCUGCCUGAUAAAUAUCUGUUAACUUGAAUAUGUGGAAUUAAUCUCUUCAUUAGAAGUAACCUAAACCUACAUACAGAAUAAUAGGACGACAUGAUGGGCCUGGUCUUUAGCUAGUUUGUGAUUAUAUUACACUACACAGAUAUAUCCUUGACUGCAAAAUGACAGGAUAAUUUUAGAAAUUUGCAAUAUAAAAAGCAAGCACAUUUGGCAUAUAAAAUAGUGUCAGAGAUUUCAGAGCAAUAUUAAAAUCUGCAUUUUAUUUUUAAAACAUGGAAAUCUGCUUCUAGCAAGAGUCAAGCACUUUAACCAGUAUGAAAAAAUCAGUCAGUUUUUAGAUAUUGUAAUCUAUUUCUAGGUUAUCCAAGUCAGCCCUUUGGAUAUUUUUAGCUGUAUCUAUCCACCACAAAGCAUUAAGCAAAUGACAACAUGGGUCAAACAUUAAGAAUUUAAACGUCGGUUGGCCUCCUUGGUGGUGCAAGGGGUUAAGUUGCCACCACUAAGAAGCUAUACUCAGCCACUGCAGCACUGCAUUCAUUCAGUCCCCAGCCAGGAUGCUACCCGCAUGGCAUAGCAGACCUCUCCUGUCUCACCUGCUGCUCCCCUCAGCAGUGUAUUUCAGUCAAUCCGCCUGUUCUGCUCCCCACUCUGUCUCUGGUGGAUCCUCUCAGCCCCCAUGCCUCUGACCCGUACCCGAGUUCUUGUAUGCAUAAUAAGCCUUAAAAAAAGAAUUUAAAUAUUAAUCAACACUGAAUGGGGACUACUGUCUGCAGAAAUACACUGCUCUGUGUCAUUCUUCAUGGGCUCGUAUGAUUAACUGUUAUAUGAGAUGGAAGAAUGACAACACGAUCUUCCCACUCUCUGAAAUGUGCAUUUGACAUCUUCAACCUAAAUAACCAUGAGGGAAAAUUGACUUCAGGAAAAUCAACUCUGCUACCACUUAGUAACACCUAAAAAUAAGACCCCAAAGGAUCAACAUGUUAAUAGAUAACUUCAACAUGUUUCUGAACAAAACUCAAUAAUGCUUGGAAAAACAAAAAUCUAUACCGUACCCAACAAUGUGAAAAUCUAAAAUGCCUGCCAUCCAAUUAAAAAUACGAGACCUUUUAAAAAAGAGGAGAACACAAACAUCGAUCAAUUGAAGUAGACCCAGAAAUGACAUUAGUGGCAGAAUUAGUAAACUAGGACAUGAAAGCAAAUAUUAUUGCUGAAUUCUGUGCGUUCAAGAAGCCGAAGAAUAGAUUGAUAUUAAGAGGAGAUAUAGACUAUAUAAAAGAGGCACACGUUAAAAUUCAAGAGAUGAAAAUUGCUGUGUCUGAGAUUGAAAAGUUCACUGCAUAAAAUCAAUGAGAAUCAAGCACACUGAAAGAACUGCAAGGAGAAAUAAAUGAAUCUACUGACAGAGUUGGAUAUUUCUACACCCAUCACACCCAUUCUGGACAAAUCCAGAGGAAAAACUCUGUGAAGACAUAGUGGAACUCAACAGUAGUGUCAAUUAAUUGGAUAGCUAUAGAAUUUUUCAUCUAACAACAGCAGGUGGGCCCAUUCUGGUGGCCUAGGGGUUAAUCUCAGCCCUAUCACCCCUAUGGGGCUGAGUUCCAUCCCUGCCAGGGAGUUAACUCACAUAAGGUACAGCAGACCUCUCCAGUGGUGCCCUACUGCCCUCAGCAGUGUAUUUUGGUCCUUCUGCCUGUUCUGCUCCCCACUCUGUCUCUGGUGAAUCCUCUCAGCCCCUCAUCUCUGACCUAUACCCCAGUUACUUAUUUAAUUAUUUACUUAUUGUUGUGUAUUAAAUCUCAAAAGGAAGUAAAAUAGUUUUUAUUGGGCAAAAAUGAAAACACAACUUACCAAAAUAUGUGGAAUAUAGAGAAUCCAGUGUACCAAGGGCUAUUCAUAGCCUUGAAUUGAUAUAAAAAGAAGAAAGAUGUAAUAUGCAUAAUACAAGUUUCCACAUAAGGAAACUAGAAAAAGAUGACAAAAGUAAGGCCAUAGCAAGUAGAAGAAAAUAAAUAAUCAUGCCUAGAGCAGACAUUUGUGAGAUUGGAAACAGGAAAUUAAUGGAAAAAAUAAAUGGAGACAAAAAUUAUUUCUUUAAAAAGAUCAGUAAAAUGUAUAAGGCUCUAAAGAUCAGUAAAAUGUAUAAGAUUCAGUAAGACAAGAGUAGGGCACAGUCUGCUAACCUGAGAAAAUAAAGUGUCACAAGUUCCAUAUAAUUGUAAAGGAUUACAGAAGAAGAAAGAGAAGGAGAAGAAUGUAUAAACAAGUCUGUCCACAAAUUGGAUUAUCCUGAAAUGAACCAAUUCCUUGAAAAAUACAAUAUGUUCAAUCUCACCAACAAUUCCUCUUCUGGGUACAUAUCCAAAUGGAUGAAAUCACUGUAUCUGUUCCCCUUGUUCACUGCAUCAUUAUUUACAACAGUCAAUACAUGGAAUCAACCUAAGUGUUCAUUUAUGGAUAGUUGGAUAAAUACUGUAUGAUUUCACUUAAUGUGGAAUGCCAAAAAACCCAAACUCGUAAACAGAGAAAAUAUCGGUGGUUGCCAGGGGUAUUGACUAGGGUAUUGAUUAGGGUCUUUAUAGUUGAAAUGUUUAGUAAAAUGAUGCCCUAACAAGUUUUGAACAGAUACAAAUAGUUUACUGUUCACAACUUUGAAAAUGCCAAAAAAUAUAAGAAAACAUAGAAACAAUUUUCCAUUUUGUACCCACCGAUAUUGCCACUUGUCAUAGUUUUUCAAAUACUGUAGGGGUAUUGACUAGGGGUGGGAAAAAUGGAUGGUAAUGAUCAAAAGGUACAAGUCAUAAGAUAGAUAAGUUCUGGGCAUUUAAUGAACAGCACGGUGACUAUCGUUGGCAGUGGUUUAGUGUAUACUGAAGAGCUGAUAAACAUGCUCUUAAAAGUUCACAUCCCAAGGAAAAAUCAAUUGUGACUAGAUGAGGUGAGGAUGGUUAACUAAAUCUAUUGCAGUAAUCAUUAUGCAAUGUGCACAUAUAUGAAAUCAUUAAGAUAAAUAAACAAUGAUGUGCUAUGUAAAUUACACCUCAAUAAAAUUGGCCAAAAUGCAGAGCUUAUUUUAUAUCCAUUACAUCUCAUAAAACUUUUCAAAAAUGAAAGAAAAGACAAAUAAUAUCAAGUAGAGAGAGUAAGAGUUACGCAUGUGGGAAGACCUAAUGUUUAACUUUGUUUUAUUAUUCACAGUUUAGCUUUGGUUUGACUCAUAUGUUCAUAGGUCCUUUUCAUGUUAGUAAAAAUAAUAAAAUGAUUAGAUAAUAUCAGGGCAGAAUGAUACAAUAAUGAGCGUUUUAAAACAAUGGCUGUAAUGUUUAAUCUGAUUCUCUGUAGCUUUUCUCCCCAAAGUUAUAAAUGAUAAUAAAAUUUUUCCAAAGUCUAUUCAAAUGGUGUUGAAACCUCACAGUGAAUGACAUCGACAAAUGAAUUUCUAUGAUAUCUUGAAGUAGAAGACUAUUUUUACUUCUAUUUCAAGUUUUCAUUUAGUGAGAAACAGUGAUACAUUCCAGUUUCCUCAAGGAUAUGCUUUGAAGAAUUUUGGACAGUUAUAUUUUAGGAUAUUUUGGGACUUAAUAAUGGUCAAAUCUAGUACAAAGAGAAUGCCACGAGAACCUGCUCUUUAAAACAGGUUGUCUGCUGCUGUGUUUCACCUAUGACCUGUGCAUUUCUGUGUAUUCAGACAUGGAACUUGACAACCUAGUCUGCACAGAGGAACUGGUAAUGCCUUGACUUUAGGAGAAGGUGGACAGUUGCUAGUCUUCUGUUUCCUUUUUUUUUUUUUUUCCUUGUGGCAAAGGGUGGACUGAUGUGUGGAUAUGUGUUUUUCUGAGGUUUCUGGCAUGUAUCACACCUCUGACCAUGAUCUCAACUGGAAAACUCGAGCCAAUUGUAUUCCCAUAGGUGUUAGCAGACCUUAAAUCGUGGUUUGGUAAUGUGUUUAAAGCUAUAAUUUUAAUAGUCCUGAAAUACUCAGGUUUUUUGCUAGGAAGAUAAUGAUAUAAAGCUAAGAGCUAUGGAUUCUUCAAAACAGAUGUUGGUAGAUGGCUUUUCUCGUUACACAAUUACAGACAGAAAACUCACAUAGGUUACAACCUGGAGGAUGGUCUUGGAGUCGUACAAUCAUUCUGUUCUCAGUGGUUAGAGAAAAACGUAAGAUGUCAGAAAUCAGUGUGUAAUCCUUUAUGUUCAUUCCAGAAUUUUUUUAUAGGGGUAAAUGGUUGGUUAUUCAAGAGAUCACUAUAUAACUUUUCCAGCUGUAUGAGUCUUUAUAGUUGAAAUGUUUAGUAAAAUAAUUUCCUAACAAGUUUUGAACAGAUAUAAAGUUUACUCUUCACAACUUUGAAAAGGCCAAAAAUAUAAGAAAACGUAGAAACAAUUUCAUUUUGUACCCAUCCAUAUUGCCAUGUCUCAUAGUUUUGCAAAU